CAGCACUAACACGGACACACCGCUGCCGACGAGGAAGGUCGACAGUAGGACAGCAUAAUUUCCCUUAAUAAUACCUCGGAUUAUAUCAGAAGUCUAUCAAACGUUACGAUCACCACUAACCAUACUGACGUUAGAUUAAGCGGUUGUACAGUAGUCGAUACAACAGUUGCUAGUUAGCUGUUAGUUUACCAGGUUAUUGUGCAUAGUACCCCUAGCUUAGCCAGUGACCAUGGCUGCGCUCAGAUUGUCCUACCACAGGAUUCUAGACAGGAUCGAACAUAUUCUACCUGCAAAACUGAGACCAUUGUACAACCAUCCAGCAGGCCCAAAGACUGUGUUCUUCUGGGCCCCGAUGUUUAAAUGGGCCCUGGUCGGUGCUGGCCUGGCUGAUAUGAAUCGGCCCGCAGAAAAACUCAGCUUGUCGCAGUCCUGUGUACUGACAGCUACAGGUUUGGUUUGGUCCAGAUAUUCUUUGGUCAUCAUCCCAAAGAACUGGAAUUUGUUUUGUGUCAACUUCUUUGUCGGCGGUGCAGGUGCCUCCCAGCUUUACAGGAUCUGGAACUACAAACAAGAGCAGAAGGCUGAAGCCAAGGCAGCAAUAGAAUCUGCAGCGGCUGCAGAACCUGCUGCUGCAGAAUCCUGAGUGUUGAGAAACCUCAAUGCCGUUAAAGGGAGACUACUCACUGAUGACAUUGUCAUGCCCCAUCGCCAACAACCCCUUCUUCUCCAUAACAUUGGACCUCCAUUACAUCCUCGUCAUAACCAUUAUUUUACCACAGAAAGCAACAGCCUCGCACACACACCUGCUGGAGGUUCAGGUGCACUUUGUUGUUGAAGGAUGGUUGUCAGUAUUUUACCCUUCUCCACAAAUGUUAUGAUUCUACAUGAUCAGUCAUUCAAGUUAAUCUGUUACAUCAUGCACCUUUUGGUGAGUACUUUUUUCCAUUAUGUCAGCUUUCAUGGAGCAUCAUUUAACAUAAUUACUAAAAAAAAGAAAGAUCUAUGUCCAGUAAGAACUCCCCAAAAUGUUGUUUAUUUUAGCAUUUAUUAUUUGGUGAUUUCAGAAUCAUCCUUCAUUGCAAAUCAAGGCUUUCAGAGUAGCAAUGUGUUAGCGCCAUAGGCCCUUUUUUAUUAAUUUUAACUUUAUGUUCUAUUGUAACCUUAAACAAUUAUUUACCAAGGUUACAUUUUGAGCAGCUAUGUUGAAGAUAGUCCUUAUUCAUUCUCGCCCAGCCAAGAACUGAUUUGUUUUGCUAUUCGUCGACGGUUCUCUCCUUGAAAGCGGUUUAUUGCAUCCUUGUUACACGACAUGUAUUCACUAGUUUUGAAUUCCCUGAUUUCUAGCAAUAACUUGUCUGACCUGCUGACUUUGGAAAAAUGUAAUAUAGUUAAAUUUGUCUCUGGCUAUGUAAUGGCUGUAUGCUAAUAAAAUGAUCUAAAACCA